AUGGCAGCUUAUCGCUGCGCUUCAGGUCCUUGCCGCAAGGCCGGCACUCUUCGUUGCGGUAGUUGCAAGACAACUUACUACUGCAGCAAGGUUUGCCAGACGGCUCACUGGAAGAGACACAAGCUCACCUGUGACGGACCGGAUUCUUACUCACCGUUGAGACCCGGCGUCUUCAACUUCUUGGGACUGCCUUGUAGACUGCGCGAUAAGAUCUAUGAGGAAGUCAUCGUUAGCAAGCUCCAUCCUUCUGAUCAGGCCAAAUACGACGAGGCUGUCGCUCAUGAUAGCGAGCCUGAUGUCCGUAACAACCGCAGAGACUACCUUGAUGUCUUCGAUCGUCGUAUCAUGGUCUCGCCUGAGUUCACGCUCACCAUUGUCCGUAACACUCCCAUCUGGGGUUUCAAGCCUCUCGUCCUUGCUCGUGGACUGCUGCUCGCCAACAAGCAGAUCUCUCAAGAGCUCAUGGAGAUCCACUUUUCAAAGAACACCUUCCUAGCUCUGGUUCAGGAUGACCAUGUCUGCGACGGAUCUCCUCCGGCUUUCCGCAACUAUGUCGCUCACUUCACCAAAGCCAAGAAUCUGUACAUUGACAUCGUCACCAACAAAUGCCAUCCUGGCGAGAACGGAUUCCAAGCCAGCGUCAACACCGUCAAGCGUCAGUUGCUUACCCUCAUCCUUGCUCUCAACCGCGCUGGCACCGCUCUUGAUUCCCUGACUGUGCGUUACCACUCGCGCUUUGAUGGCGAGAUCGAAGACCUUCGCAUCGACGCUGACGGUCUGGCUGCUCACCCACAAGCUCGUCCCAUCUGGGUCGUCGACCCUCGUACCGACAAGUUCCGCGUAAUCGAACAUGCAGAGAUGAAGCAGCUCUACCUUCACAGCGCCACCAUCGCCAAGACUCUCUGUGCUCUUGAAGUUCCCGUAUCCAAGUUCCGCAUCUUCGGCGACAUGUCCGGACCUGAUCUCGCUCGCCUGUCCCGCAAGUUUGACUUCGCCAUCCCUCAGGUUGAUGCGGCGCUCGACGAGUAUGACCAGCGCAUCAGUAAAGAUGCAGAGAAUGCUCGAGAAAUGGCCAGUAGGGACACCGACACCGCUAAGCUCUGGUCGGACCUGGCCAGGUCUCAGGACCGAAUCUUCAGCACGAGAGUCUCGCUCAGACGUCGUGCCAUUAUGGCCGCUCCACCUUCAUUCGUCCCUGGCGCGGAAGAGGAAGCCCGCCGUCUUAUGGACAUUGCUCGCUCAAUCUGA